AUGGCGUCCCAGAUUUUGCCUCUUGAGCUGAUCGAUAGGUGUAUUGGGUCGCGUAUAUGGGUCAUCAUGAAGAACGAUAGAGAAUUCACUGGUACUCUCUUAGGCUUCGACGACUUCGUCAACAUGGUUCUAGAGGACGUCACUGAGUAUGAGACAAACGCCCAAGGGCGUAAAAUGACCAAACUGAACCAGACACUGCUGAACGGGAACAACAUUUGCAUGCUCAUCCCUGGAAGCUCUGGGCCCGAGGACGUAUGA